AAAAAAUUUUUCAGAGCAGCUUGGAUUAGGAAGAGUACAAAGGGGUAAUACCAUUGAAAGAUUAUGGCUUCAAGUUCAAACCAAUCCCCAUUGCCUUCGUUUGAAGAUGCUAACGAAGUUCCGGCCAAUCCUCAUAUUAGUGCUUCAGUUCCAAGUGGUGCAGCACAAAUACCAUAUCAAGGCAGGAAGACCUUGCCCACUCAAAAUGUGAUGUAUGUUUGCGAUUUUGAUAUGUGUUUCACUUAUGUUUUAGCUGGUUGGGAAGGCACAGCCAAUGAUGCAAGAAUAUUUAUGGAAGCUGUCAGCGAUCCGCAGUCAAAGUUCCCGCAUCCCCCUACAGGAAAAUAUUAUGUAGUUGACUCGGGAUAUUCAAAUAUGUUGGGAUACUUAGCUCCAUAUAGAGGACAACGGUACCAUCUCAAUGAUUAUCCCGAAACCAGGUUACCUCUUAGUGCGAGGGAGAAAUUUAACCAUUCACACUCGUCAUUGCGUAAUAUAAUUGAACGGUGUUUUGGAGUACUGAAAGCUCGUUUUCCUAUUUUGAAGAUGAUGCCAUCGUAUAGCUUGCGAAAGCAAAGAAAUAUUGUUAUAACAUCAUGUGCAAUACAUAAUUUUAUCAGAAGACACGCCAUGGAAGACGAUUUAUUUUUAGAGUAUGGAAUUGAUGACAUGAUUGUUCCUGGUGAAGGGCCGAGUGAUCCUUCUGAAACUACAAGUUAUGCCAAUUUAUCUGCUAGUGAAUCUCAAAAAAGAAGACAUGAAAUGGAUUCUUAUCGAGAUGGGAUUCGAACGGGCAUGUCCUUGCAUUACCGCCUGCCUAUGUGAAAUGUUGUAUAAGUUUUUGUAACUUUAAUUAGAUUUCGGCAAACAUUAUGCUCAACA